AUGAAGAUGAAGAUGAUCCACAAACUCAGUGUAGCAUUUAUCGUCUCUCUUCAAAUGAUAGUGUCAGUGUGUGGCAAAGCAGGUCUCAACACAAGGAUAGUGGGGGGGCAGAAUGCAGUGCCUGGCGCUUGGCCAUGGCAGGUCAGCCUUCAUAGGAACGGGAAACAUUUCUGUGGUGGAUCACUCAUCAACAAUCAAUGGAUUCUGACUGCAGCUCACUGCUUUCUAGAUACAACACUCCCUGUAACUGUGUACCUGGGCCGACAGACACAGGAGGGGGCAAAUGCAAAUGAGGUGUCCAGAGCUGUCUCUAGUAUCAUAAAACACCCAAAAUAUGAUUCCCCCUCUUAUGACAACGACAUCACUCUUCUGAAACUGGAUUCACCGGUGAAUUUUACUCAGUUUAUCAGUCCGGUCUGUCUGGCUUCAUCAAACAGUUUGUUCUUCAACAAAACCUCCAGCUGGGUCACUGGAUGGGGAGCGAUUCGUUCAAACACUCCCCUGCCUUCACCGCAAACUCUACAGGAAGUGCAAGUGUCUAUUUUUGGAAACAGGCAGUGUAAAUGUCUUUAUGGUGUCACAAAAAUCACAGACAACAUGAUGUGUGCUGGAGUAUUGGAAGGGGGCAAAGACUCCUGUAAGGGUGACUCUGGUGGUCCUAUGGUCAGCAAACAGGGUUCGGUCUGGAUCCAGUCUGGAGUUGUGAGCUUUGGCAAAGGUUGUGCUAAAUCAAUUUUCCCUGGUGUGUAUACCAGAGUGUCUAAGUACAAGGCCUGGAUCAAUGAGCAAAUCACCACCAACCAGCCAUGCUUCACUACGUUCAAUUCCAUUGGUACUGACGGUGACCUGAGCAUCAGCUGCCCUAGUGUGUCUGCCAUCCCGACAAUUACUGCCCCUACAACUACACCUAUCACACCUUUAACAUGUGGAAGUGCCAGUCUGAACACCCGUGUUGGAGGAAUCAGCUCCCUUGUGUCUCCAGGCAGAUGGCCAUGGAUGGUCAGUCUGCAGUUUAACGGCAGUCAACUGUGUGGCGGAGCGCUGAUUGCUGAACGCUUUGUCAUGAGCUCUGCUAGCUGUUUUACCAGCUCCAACAAUGCCUCCGAUUGGACCGUGAUCCUGGGCCGUCUAAAUCAGAACGGCUCCAACCCCAAUGAGGUCUCUAUAAAAGUGGUGAAUCUCACCAUCAGCAAUACCACAGGCGACAACGUUGCAGUCUUGCAGCUGGCCGUUGCACCAAACCUUACAAAUUUCAUCCAGCCUAUAUGUGUGGACAUGGGAGAAAAUACCUUCAGCGCUAAUACUCAAUGCUGGGUGGCAGGAUGGAGCUCAGGAGCAGGAGGAGUGAAUCAAACUCUUCAGGAAUUCAAGACCUCUAUUGUGGAUUGUGUAAACUCAAGCAACAGUAUUUGCACAAGUUCUUUGAACUUACAGCAGGCAAGUUACUUAUGUUUAAAACAGGAAGGAAAUAUAAUAUAUUUACAGUUUACAAUAAGAAGACUUCACGGCGGGAUUGAGGAGAUCCUCGAAUGUGAUCAAACGGGUCUGCUGAUGUGUAAGCAGGGUCUGUCAUGGAUCCAUGCUGCUGUUUUGACCUUAAAACCGAGCAUCUCAAACAGCAGCUCUAACACGAGCUCCAGCAACAGCACUGCAUCAUCCCGCUCUCUCCGUCAAGAUAUCCAGACCUUUACUAAAACCUCCAGCUUUGCAUCAUUCCUGAGAGAUGUGGUGGGCUCUUUCCCUCCAAAAGUCGCAAGCCCCACUGCACCUCCAAACAGCACCAACACAACCCAAGCUGGCUCUAAUGGGUCUACUGAGACUUGGCUGGAUAGUAACAUCGCGUCCAGUGAGGUGGAACCUUCAGGUUUCUCGGCGUUUAGGACCGACCGAGACCCCAACAUCACCGGGAAGGCUCGCGGAGGCGGAGUCUGUUUCCUCAUCAGGGACGAGUGGUGCCGGGCAGUUACGGUGAGAGAGAAACUUUGUACUCCUGACAUCGAGCUGCUAAUCUGGAGUCACUUUCACCUGAUGCUCCUAAGUUCAUCCUGGGAGAUUUUAAUAACUGUUCUUGCCCUUAAAAAACAUCUACGCACAUACUAUCAGUAUGUUAAGUGUUUUACUAGGAAAAAUAAGUCUUUAGACAUGUGUUAUGGAACCGUCAAAGACGCCUACACAGCAUCCCAGCUACCACCACUAGGGGCGUCUGAUCACACUGUGGUUCAUCUUCGGCCUGUCUAUAAGAGGUUACUGGAGAGGGAGAAGCCUCAAAAAAGUGUGUUGGCCUUCUGCAUCAUCUGCUGGUUUGGAAAUGCUACUGAGGCACAGAAGAAGUCUGUAAGGAAAACAGUAACACUGGCCAGUAAACUAUUAGGGAUCACGUUACCAAAGAUGAAGAUGAAGAUGAUCCACAUACUCAGUGUAGCAUUUAUCGUCUCUCUUCAAAUGAUAGGGUGUAAUGCACAACAGGAUGUGUGUGGCAAAGCAAGUCUCAACACAAGGAUAGUGGGGGGGCAGAAUGCAGUGCCUGGCGCUUGGCCAUGGCAGGUCAGCCUUCAUAGGAACGGGAAACAUUUCUGUGGUGGAUCACUCAUCAACAAUCAAUGGAUUCUGACUGCAGCUCACUGCUUUCAAGAUACAACACUCCCUGUAAUUGUGUACCUGGGCCGACAGACACAGGAGGGGGCAAAUGCAAAUGAGGUGUCCAGAGCUGUCUCUAAUAUCAUAAAACACCCAAACUAUACCGUCUCUAAUGAUAACGACAUCACUCUUCUGAAACUGGAAUCACCGGUGAAUUUUACUCAGUUUAUCAGUCCGGUCUGUCUGGCUUCAUCAAACAGUUUGUUCUUCAACAAAACCUCCAGCUGGGUCACUGGAUGGGGAACGAUUGGUUCAAACACUCCCCUGCCUUCACCGCAAACUCUACAGGAAGUGCAAGUGUCUAUUUUUGGAAACAGGCAGUGUAAAUGUCUUUAUGGUGUCACAAAAAUCACAGACAACAUGAUGUGUGCUGGAGUAUUGGAAGGGGGCAAAGACUCAUGUCAGGGUGACUCUGGUGGUCCUAUGGUCAGCAAACAGGGUUCGGUCUGGAUCCAGUCUGGAGUUGUGAGCUUUGGCAUAGGUUGUGCUGACAAAGACUUCCCUGGUGUGUAUGCCAGAGUGUCUAAGUACCAGGCCUGGAUCAAUGAGCAAAUCACCACCAACCAGCCAGGCUUCAUUAUGUUCAAUUCCAUUGGUACUGACGGUGACCUGAGCAUCAGCUGUCCUAGUGUGCCUGCCAUCCCGACAACUACUGCCCCUACAACUACACCUAUCCCACCUGUAGUGUGUGGAAGUGCCAGUCUGAACAACCGUGUUGGAGGAAUCAGUUCCCUCGUGUCUCCAGGCAUUUGGCCAUGGAUGGCCAGUCUGCAGUUUAACGGCAGUCACGUUUGUGGCGGAGCGCUGAUUGCCGAACGCUUUGUCAUGAGCUCUGCUAGCUGUUUUACCAGCUCCAACAAUGCCUCCGAUUGGACCGUGAUCCUGGGCCGUCUAAAUCAGAAUGGCUCCAACCCCAAUGAGGUCUCUAUAAAAGUGGUGAAUCUCACCAUCAGCAAUACCACAGGCGACAACGUUGCAGUCUUGCAGCUGGCCGUUGCACCAAACCUUACAAAUUUCAUCCAGCCUAUAUGUGUGGACAUGGAAAAAAAUACCUUCAGCGCUAAUACUCAAUGCUGGGUGGCAGGAUGGGGCUCAGGAGCAGGAGAAGUGAAUCAAACUCUUCAGGAAUUCAAGACCUCUAUUGUGGAUUGUGUAAACUCAAGCACCAGUAUUUGCACAAGUUCUUUGGACUUACAGCAGGGUGAUCAAGGGGGUCCGCUGAUGUGUAAGCAGGGUCUGUCAUGGAUCCAUGCUGCUGUUUUGACCUUAAAACCGAGCAUCUCAAACAGCAGCUCUAACACGAGCUCCAGCAACAGCACUGCAUCAUCCCGCUCUCUCCGUCAAGAUAUCCAGACCUUUACUAAAACCUCCAGUUUUGCAUCAUUCCUGAGAGAUGUGGUGGGCUCUUUCCCUCCAAAAGUCACAAGCCCCACUGCACCUCCAAACAGCACCACCACAACCCAAGCUGGCUCUAAUGGGUCACAAGUAUCUUCUUCCUUCUCUUUGACCCUUUCUAUCCCGUUCCUCUCACUUGCAGCUUUCCAAAUCUUUCUUCAAGGCAUCAAUUGAGUUUGAGUAGAAGGGGCCAUUUUUGAAGUGUGACUGUAAAUUUUCAGUGUGUUCCAUUAUAUAUAAUCAUACAGCAUGAAGAGCUUUUGUGGAGCACAUCAUUCAUUUUUACUUCUGACAAACUCUUAAGAUCUUUAUUAUCUCACACCAAGCUGUUGCCUGUUGUUCUUACACUACAAUUGACCAUUCACAAAGACCCGCCCCCAUUAGUUAGAGUCGCUAUGUCCGACAAGCUACGCUGCUCUCUCUCUCUCUCACACACACACACACACACACCAUGUUCUCACACAGUGAAAAAUACAUCGCGGAUUGACAACACGCUGACAGACCAGGUUACUUUUGAUAUUAAACAAAGUCUCACCUUUCAAAUUUGGUAAUUUUU